GAAGCUAAGUACAACUUUGUCUAAACACCCAAACUACUCCUAACUUGAAUCACAAGAAAAAUCUAUCUCCCUAGCUAAUCCAUGGCAUUGGCGCCACAAGAAUAUUCAAUUCCUCUCUAUAUAUAGCAAGCAAGCCAACCGUCAUUUAAUUUCCAGUUGUAUACGACAACCUUAACCUUUGUAUCCAUUGGCAGAUCAGAAAGCAGAAAUGGAGGGAAACGGCGGCGGCGAAAGAGCAUCCCAGAUUGUGUUUUUCGAUUUGGAAACCACAGUGCCAAACAAGACAGGACAAAGAUUCCAGGUACUAGAAUUCGGGGCGAUGGUCAUCUGUCCGCGGAGGCUGGCGGAGCUGGAGAGCUUCUGCACGCUGAUUCGGCCCGGCGACCUGUCCGCCGUGUCGGAGAGGUCAGGGCGGCCGGAGGGAAUAACACGGGGAGCAGUGUCGGAGGCGCCGCCGUUUGAGGAAGUUGCAGACAGAAUAUUCAGCAUUAUGGAUGGGAGAAUCUGGGCGGGACAUAACAUCCAAAGAUUUGAUUGUAUUCGCAUUAAGGAAGCCUUUGCUAAGAUCGGCCGCCCUGCACCGGCCCCGGUUGCAACCAUUGAUUCUUUGGGAGUUUUGACACACAAGUUUGGAAGAAGAGCUGGAAACAUGAAGAUGGCAACUUUAGCAGAAUACUUUGGACUUGGGCAGCAGAAACACAGAAGCUUAGAUGAUGUUCGCAUGAAUUUGGAGGUGUUGAAGCAUUGUGCAACCGUACUAUUUUUGGAAGAAAGCCUUCCAGAUUUAUUGAAUGGAAAAUGGCAGCAGGGAUCUACACAGAUGAUGAUGACAACAAGAAGCCGAAGUGUAAUGGAAAGAUUCCCGAGUUCAUCAUUGAACGAAAGGUGGCAGAAGUCUUCAUCAUCGUCAAUCACAACAAGAAGCAGAAAAUCUCCACCAACAGUCACUUCUCUGGGAGGAUACCAAAGAGCUGUUCCUUAUGCAAGGGAAAGCCUGGGAAGGAUGAGUGCAGGAGUAAGAAACCUGUGGUGCAAAGCACACAAGACCAGACCUUUCAACACCUUGCUCAAACAUUCUCAUUCUUUGCUCCGAUGAUCAAUCAAUCAAUCAAACAUUAAUUACAACCUGCGGGCAGAUCGAACUGAAGCAUCAUGCAUGCAAUGUCACAUAUAUGCUGCAAAAUUUUGGAUUCUAAUUCAACUUAGGAUCACAAAUUCCAACUGUAGUUGUGUCCUGACAUGCAUGCAUCACCUUCAUUAAUUAUUAGUCAUUAGAUUAGUGAUUAAUUAUUCUUUCAUUUUCUUGUAACUGUAAUUGCAUGUCUCAGCAGUUACCAUUCAUUGUAUGUUAAUUGAAUUCUUAGGAUUGUAUAUAUAUUCAUUGUAAUUGUAAAUAUU